ACAAUUCACUGCCAUCUCUAUCCGAUAACAGAAAACAUAUGUUCAACAACUUUAAUGGCAAUAAAUUGGAAAAUUGCCUUGUUAUUAGGCAACAAUUGCGCUUAAACCCGUUUAAGAGGAUGCCUAUCUUAUGAUUAUCCACUGGAAGCGUAUCACUAUCUCAGGGAAGAGGAACGGAAAGCCAUGGCUUGCUAUUACCGGCAGCACGAGGACUCUUCGGUGACAGUGCCGAAAUUCUGCAACGAAACAUCCGUCGGAGUGACCUACUAUGACAUAAAAGUGCGGGUGGGACGUGUGGAAUGGCUGGUGGAGCGGCGCUACAAAGAUUUCGCCCAGCUCCACGACAAGCUGGUCGAGGAAGUGUCGAUUAGCAAAAAGCUGCUGCCGCCGAAAAAGCUCGUGGGGAACAAGCAGCCCGCCUUUUUGGAACAACGCCGGGAACAGCUGGAGACGUACCUGCAGGAACUGCUCAUAUACUUUCGUACGGAGCUUCCCCGCGCAUUAGCCGAGUUCCUUGACUUCAACAAGUAUGAUAUAAUCUAUCUGCUGCAGGAUCUUGCCAAGCUGUUCCAUGAAAGCGGUGAUGCCCUUCUCAGCUCCAAAAAGGAGUACAACCUUUCGGCCCUGGAGGUCUUUGCUAUCAGCGAGCGUCUUAGUCUUCCUUGUCCACCCAGUCCCGAUCGUGGCGGCAAAUAUGAUUUCUCACAUGUCCUAGAUUUUUGCACGCAACUAGUGAGCUUGGUAGUCACGCCAGUUAAGGAUAACUCCAGUUUCACGCAGGACUACAACACAGUUGAUGUGCCAAUAGGCCGAAGCAACAUUAUUCCCAAUCGAUUAAAAUUUAAUUUGAACGCUUUUCGUAAUCUCAAGACGCUCAGAUUCUCGGCUCUGUCUACGGAGAACAUUGUGGACGUGGAAUUGCUCAAGCCAACCCUACAGACAAUCUGUGUACACAACACAACCAUCCAGAAUAUAAACCAAGUGCUUCUCUGCGACAAUCUUCACAAGCACUGCGAUGUGCCAAGCCUGCUACCCGAAGAAAUAUCUUCAGCCACAUCUGGCACAUCCGAAUCCAACGCCUCCUUAGUUACAGCCGACGCUUGGCGGGAGCUCACAGAGCUGGACUUGACCGGCAACCUGCUAACGCAAAUAGAUGGAAGUGUAAGGACGGCACCCAAGCUGCGUCGUCUGGUGCUCGAACAGAACCGCAUUCGCAACGUCCAAAAUCUUUCAGAGCUUCCCCAUCUGCAGCUGCUUUCGCUGUCCGGUAAUCUCAUCAACGAGUGCGUGGACUGGCACCUAACGAUGGGCAAUCUUGUUACUUUGAAACUGGCUCAAAAUAAACUCAAGACUUUGAGUGGUCUGCGGAAGCUACUGUCGCUGGUCAAUCUGGAUUUAAGCAGUAAUCAAAUCGAGGAGCUCGACGAGGUUGAUUAUAUUGCGAAUCUUCCCCUGUUGGAGACUCUGCGACUAACUGGUAAUCCCCUGGCGGGAAGUGUAGACUAUCGUCCUCGGGUUUUGGCGCGGUUUCAUGAGCGCGCAGCUGAAAUAUCACUGGACAAUGAGCCGGGCACUCAGCUGGAGCUCGACACCGCUCUGGUUCUAUCUGCUCUGUUGAAAUCCAAGCAGCGAGCAAAGCAAAAAUGAUUCUUGUCUCAAAAAGAGAGUCUUCGAUUCCAUAGUUUUACAAAAUUCCUGUUUAAAUUUAUCGAAAUUCAAUUGUAAUGAUUUCGGGGGAUACCUCUGAAUAUGUUUUAAAAUUUAAAUACAAAGGUAGUGGUUUCUAAACUCCUUCUAUAUUCCUACAAAUUGUAUAUGAUGCUAGAUCCAAUAUUUAGUAAAUAUUUUAUGUGCUUUCUGUCUAUUUCUUGUAACUUUAUAUGUAUUCUUUUAUUUAAUCUAGUUUAAUGUGUUUUUUGUUCAAACCUUGUGCAAUAUCUCAAUGCUCACAACUAAAGAAAUUCCAAUAAAUUGUAUAAUUGAUUCAUA